AGAUUAAAUUUUAGCUUCUCAUCUAAGCGAAAAAGACCAAGGAAAGUCACCUUUCUUACCAUUUCUUUCCCUCUCCGAAUCUAAAACCUCCGAUCUUUCCUCUUUUUAUUCGGUUCCAUCUCUGCGGGAGAGGAGUUGUUUUUCGAUGGGGCAACAGUCGUUGAUCUACGCCUUCGUGGCGCGAGGCACGGUCGUUUUAGCCGACUACACGGAGUUCAGCGGUAACUUCACCGGCAUAGCUUCUCAGUGUCUCCAGAAACUUCCUGCUUCAAAUAACAAGUUCACUUACAACUGCGAUGGCCACACUUUCAACUAUCUCGUUGAUAGCGGCUUCACUUAUUGUGUGGUUGCUAUUGAAUCUGUUGGCCGACAGGUUCCUAUGGCAUUUCUUGAGAGAAUUAAAGAGGAUUUUACCAAGAGAUAUGGUGGAGGAAAAGCUGCAGCUGCUCCUGCAAACAGCUUGAGCAAGGAGUUUGGGCCAAAACUGAAGGAGCAUAUGCAGUAUUGCAUUGAUCAUCCUGAAGAGAUUAGUAAGAUUGCCAAGGUGAAAGCUCAAGUUUCAGAAGUCAAAGGAGUUAUGAUGGAAAAUAUCGAGAAGGUUCUGGACCGUGGCGAGAAAAUUGAGCUUCUGGUGGAUAAAACAGAAAACCUUCGCUACCAGGUUAUAGAUAAUGAGGGUAUUUGUUUGUUUUUUGGGCAUUGUAGGCACAAGAUUUCCGGCAGCAGGGAACCCAGAUGAGGAGAAAGAUGUGGUUACAAAACAUGAAGAUAAAGCUGAUAGUUCUCGGAAUCCUGAUUGCUUUGAUUCUCAUCAUUGUACUGUCCGUUUGCCAUGGCUUCAAAUGUUGAUGAAUUGCUCGUCAGCUCUAUAUUCCACUGCUGGCUCAUAGACCGGAAUCGCUGCAGUAACUAGUAAUGUAUGAUGCUCCUAGGCUUCUUUUUUUUUUUUUUGAUUUGAAUUACACGUGCUUAAUGAUAUAGCCUUAUUUCAGAAGACUGUGUGCAUGUAGAAUGUAGGUUUGUAUUUUGGAUUCUUUUCAGCAGUAUGUUGAUGUGUGGAUACAUGAUAUGUUGGAAAAUUAAAAA